AUGGGUGUGGGAGUCGUUGCAAGAGAUUGCAACGGAGAUUUUGUAGCGGGAUUGGGUAAACUUGUAUGUAAUCCUCUAAGUGAAAAACAUGUCGAAGCUAUGGCAGCAUUUACUGGGAUCAAACUAGUUAUGGAAUUGGGUUUUAACAAGGUUAUCUUGGAAGAAGAUUCAACGAAUAACAUUGAGGCGAUUCACCUGAGAGGAUCAAAUCUCUCUAAUGUUGAGAUUUUUGUUGAUCAGGUCCAUAUUCAAGCGAAUCGAUUAACUGAUUUCUCGGCCAAAUGGAUUAGACGACAGGAAAACUUUGUGGCCAAUGCAUUAACUAAAUAUACUGAUAUUUGUAAGGAGUUCAAAAGCUUGAGGCUUGGAUGUUUGAUCAUCAUGACAUGGCUUGAUAGGGAAGGGGUAAGGGGUGGUGGAAUGGGAUAG